UUAGCCCAAAAAUGAUACCACCACUACUAGAAAAGCCCAAACAAUAGAAUGUUCACAGUUUAUCAACCCUUUCUCUCUCCUUUAUUAGGGUUUUAGCUACACAACUGCGCAACUUCGGCAUUUCCCUUCUUCCCAGUUCUCCGCCUUUCAACCACCAUGCCGAAGCAGAUUCAUGAGAUAAAGGAUUUCCUUCUGACUGCCAGAAGGAAAGAUGCACGUUCCGUGAAGAUCAAGAGAAGCAAGGAUGUUGUCAAGUUCAAGGUCCGUUGCUCCAAGUAUCUUUACACUCUCUGUGUCUUUGACAAUGAGAAGGCUGACAAGUUGAAGCAGUCUCUUCCUCCUGGUUUGAGCGUCCAAGAUCUUUGAGCAAGUGGAGUUGCCGUUCUCAUAUAGUAGCUGUUAGGCAAUUGAAAUCAGUUGUUUUUGUUUUGUCAAGCUUUGCAAUUAGUGCAAUGAUUUGUAAUCCUUUUAAUCGAGUUGCAUACUUGCUUGAAAGAUAUGAUUUUGGCCCCUAAACUUUAUUUUAUGACCAUAUGUUAUUUUUACUCA